CCUCGCUCAAGCAAAGCACAGAGCGCAAACUCGGAUAGCCUUCCCAACUCAGUGAGUCCGAACAGAGUCGACCCGCCAUUGAAGGCCAGGAAGGAACUCAGGAGCUCCACCUCGUGCUCGCCCACAAGCUCUUCCUCCUGAGGCACCCCGACGUGCAGGACAUCGAGAAGGUCCGCCUCAAAGAGGAGGUCUUCGCUGUCGUCAAAACUGACGAUAUGGCUGCGUUAUAUGAAGCCCUAAUCGCCGAUUCCGUGUUGGAAAGAGAUCAGGGCGUUCUGGACGCGAUGCGCGAGAAGAACGACGGCGAGAUUAAGAAGCUCGACGAAAAGAUAGCUGAUGCUGAAGAAAACUUAGGUGAAAGUGAAGUUCGAGAAGCUCAUUUGGCAAAAUCCUUGUUUUUCGUUCGAAUUGGUGACAAGGAGAAAGCAUUGGAACAACUAAAGGUUACAGAAAGCAAAACAGUUGCAGUUGGCCAAAAGAUGGACUUGGUGUUCUACACUCUGCAGCUUGCUUUUUUCUACAUGGAUUAUGAUCUAAUUUCCAAAAGCAUUGAUAAAGCAAAGAAAGGGAGGAGAUUGGGAAAGGAAGAAUUAUUUGAAGGUGUAUGAAGGCUUGUACUGCAUGUCCACUCGAAACUUUAAAAAGGCAGCGGAUCUAUUUUUGGAUUCUAUUUCAACCUUCACAACUUAUGAACUUUUUCCUUAUGACACUUUCAUUUUCUACACUGUCCUUACAAGGAUUAUAUCCUUGGAUAGAGUUUCCCUGAAGCAAAAGGCAUUUUAGGUUUUCUCAAUGCAUGUAACCUAUUUCAAUUUUUUUUUUCCCCUAUUUUCCUGACCCAGUUCUGUGCUAGUAAUUUUACAAUCAUUUGAUCCUUGGUAGGUGGUGGAUGCUCCGGAGAUCUUGACAGUGAUUGGAAAAAUUCCUCGAACUCUUUAUAUGAUUGUCAAUAUAAAUCAUUUUUCUUGGCGUUUGGUAAGUGAAGGUCUAAUAUGAGCCUUAAAUCUUUUAUAUAACAAUUGAGUAUGUUAAGAAAUAUAAGUUCUUUUGGUUUGUCUGCACGGUCUGCUUUCUUGUGAUAUUCUGGGCUCUUUGGCAUUUUCCCGUCUUUAAUCAUUUGGGUUUUAUAAAAACGAGCUUGAAACUUGUGCAAUGCACGGGUUGUUUUUAAAAAAUGACCGGAAGAAAAAAAUAAUAAUAAUUAGUGGAUGCAUAUUAAAAAGAGGGGUAAUGAUACAGGUUACGCGGCGUGCAUGAACAGUAACGCACGCCACUGACGUGGCAUGUGCCAUGUCGUAACCUCUUUUUUUUUUUAAAAAAAAAAAAAAUCCAAAAUCCUGCGUCAAAAACCCCCACCCCCGUCCAUUUGAUUUCCCCCCAAAAUUUUCCCCAAACCAUUCUCCCUCCAAACCAACCAUUUCUCCCCCCACCGGCACCGUCACCGGCGCCGUCAUCUCCUCUCCCCACCGUUACUGCCGCUGACGACCCCAAACCCUUUCUCCCGAGAAUCACAUUUCAUUUCCCCCCCUUUUUCUCCCCAACCCAUUUUCUUCCCCCACCGGCACCGUGAGUCUUCUCCUCUCCCCACCGUCACUGCCGCCGAUGAGCCCAAAACCACCCCACCGUGCGAUGACCAGCUCUACCACGCCUGGGACCCUCACCGACCCGGCCCAUUGGCACUGCCGUUAAGGUCAACAGCGCAGACUCCGAUAUCGCCUUCAAUUGCGCCAGGCGGCCUCCACCACGCCAAGAAGGCCAAGGCCUCUUGAGACCCUCGGGCUCUUUGAGACUUUUACAAGGUUGAAAAACCAAGGCAAAGUUAGAAAGCCAUUUCAUUUUGAUUUUAUUUCCACAUCUGUCACUUUCUGCUUUGUCUAUUACGUUUCAAUUUCGUUCUCAAAUUUUUCAUGGGUUAUUUUCUAUUUCAAAUAUAAUGGUGAAAUAUUUGUCUUGGAGUUUUCUAUUGCUUAGUUCUUAUCCUUUGCCCUUCCAGAAAUCUCCUCUUCAUCAAUGUCUCUCUCAGGUACUCUCUCUUUAUCUCUCUCUCACAUUAGAUUUGACUGAUUGGUUAGCUUCUAGUGCUUGUUUUACUUAGUGACUUAUGGAGCUUUGUUGGAAAAAGAUUUGCUGAAGAAGAAAAGAAGUGGGUUUAUCUCAGUGUUUUAUUUCCUUUUUACCAACGUGAUGAUAUGUUCGGCUUAGCAUCUUGCGGACCCAGUUCAUAAUUUUCUGUUGUUUGCAUUGUGAUGGCUGAUCAGAUGGUUACAAAUUGUAAAUUUUAAUGUAUUUUCAUUUAUUGGGUGCUGGAAUUUAGACUACUGGGCAUACAUUGAAUAAGGUACAAAUAUGAGAAAUUAUCAUUUUGCUAGAAUUUUUUUUUUUUUUUUUUGUGUUUCUAUUUGGACCUUUGUAAUUGGUCUCUGGGUUAUUUUUUCUGCAUAGGAUGAGAAGGUCUAUAGUAAUUUAUAAUUAAUCACUGAGAAGAUAACUUUUAUGAUGUUGGAAAAUUUUAUUUCAGUACUAAAAUCUUGCUUUCUUACUUCUAAUUUUUAGUGGUGUUGUAGCUUAAAAUCUUCUUGUGGUGUUGAAUAAGGCCAAUGUAAUCAAUAUAUGAAUUUGUACCAUAGAGUUCUUAAGGCCAGUUAAAACUUCUUAAGAGCUUUUUUGACCGAGGGGUUACUCGAGUAAUGAGUGCUUUUAUCAAGAGUAGAAGAUGAUUUAGCCUCUAAUUUUGUGUCUCAAAAGUGCAUGCUAGGAUUUAUCAAUAAAUUUUCUGGCAUUUUCUUUUAAGAAGCAAAACUCUACAUUUCUUCUAUACUGGCUGAGGAGUGCUUGUAAUUGGAUAGUAAAUGAUAUUAUUAUAUCGAUUUUGAUGUUGAAAUAUGUUGUUCAUAUGAUUGCUAAGAUUUUAUGCUAAGCUUUACUUUGUUAACCUAAUUGAUGAUUGAUACUUGAUCCAUAUGUAUGUGUGCUAGUGUGAGGGACUUUCCUAACGCAAUUGCAUUUCUUGAUGACAGGCAUUGCCUCUUUCCUGAUGAUGUUAAAAGAUCAUGUUCUACAAUAUGGUUGAGAAAAGACAGCAAUUAUUUCCUUCAUGUGACUAAACAUAAGAUUCUUUUGUUCUUCUGUUUUUAUCCCUCUUGAUUCACUGUGUAUUUGGUAGGUUGUAGGUACCUAGUGAUUUGUACAUAAAAUUGAUUAUUGGAAUGCUCCCAACUCUUGGCCUUAUGUAAAAUUAAUUACUCUAUGUGUAAGUUUGUUUCAUCUCA